AUGAGAGUGAGUCAAGUGACAUCAACAGUGUUAUCACUAUUUGCAACUAGUGUAUUAGCUUACGAUCAGAAUUUCAAACUUAGAGCUACAAUCAAUGAAGUUGAAGUUUACGUACAAAUCAACCCCGAGACUCAAUAUGCUGAAUUCAUCAGUACUGAUGUUGACCAAAGAUUUAGAUUUACUGACACUAACGAAUUGAUUUUGAAUAAUGAUCAAUCACUAUUGGUUGGAGUGACACCAGCUGAUCUUUAUUUCAAGACUUAUCCAGUUACUCAAGAAAUUGAAACUGACAAUUCAUGGACACUUUCAACCAAUGAAGCUGGUGAUGAAAUUUUGGCCUACAAUAUGCCAAUUUUUGCUUGUGGUGGUGCUGCUCCUUACAGAAUUAGUACCAAUGAAGAACUUGACUGUGUUGCUUUGGGUGAUUUGGUUCGUUUUGAUACAGCUUUGAAUGAAGAGACAGUAGACCCAGUCGACCCAGUUGACCCAGUUGACCCAGUUGACCCAGUUGACCCAGUUGACCCAGUUGACCCAGUUGACCCAGUUGAUCCUACUGACCCAGUUGAUCCAGUUGAUCCAGUUGACCCAGUCGAUCCUACUGACCCAGUUGAUCCAGUUGACCCAGUCGACCCAGUUGACCCAGUUGACCCAGUCGAUCCUACUGACCCAGUUGACCCAGUUGAUCCCACCGACGCUACAGAACCAACUGAUACUGUGCUCCCUACUGAUGCUGUUAACCCAGAAGAGCCAUUUGAAAUAGUCGCUCUUGUUUCUGGAAGCUUGGAAGCUUUUGAUUCAAAUGGUACUCACAUCACCAUUGCUAAUGGAGAAACUGUAAAUUUUGUUAUCGAAAAUAGUUACUUGAAAGUUGGUGAAGACCAGUAUGUGAGGGUUGGGGAUGAUGGCCUUUUACUGGUUGUUGCAUUAGCUGAUGCUACCGCUGGCUGGAGUAUGGCUGGAAAUGUGCUUGAAUUUGAAGUUGCCUUGAAACGUCGUUAUGUAAUGAAACGUGACGAACCUGUUCCAUUUGCAAUUUGUCCAGCUGAAGUGGGUUAUAUUGUUUAUGCUGGUACUGAUACUGGCUGUGAGCCAAUUGAAGUUGUUGCUCGUCAAGUUGAAGCUGAAGUUGAGCCUACUGAACCAGUGGAACCUACUGAGCCAGUGGAACCUACUGAAGGUCCCCAACCAACUGAAGAACCCACUUCUACAGUUACCAGAACAGUUGACGUGCUUGUGACUAUUACUGAAUGUGACGAAGAUUUGGUCUGUACUGAAAAAGUUGAAACAUCCAAGUCAAUCGAGGCUGUUGUUACUGAUGCUCCAGAUAGUGUCCUCACCACCUUGACCAAAGAAACUACAGUCACAGUUACAUCAUGUGAGGAAGACAAGUGUGCCGAAGCUGUCACUGUUAAGAAGACUGUCAUUACUACUUACUGCCCAGCAUCAUACGUAACAGAAACCGUUGUUAUUCCAUGCACUACUGACGUUACUUAUACUGUUGAGGAGUGUUUGACUGAUGAUAAAUGCGAGGUUUACACUACUGAGAUCCACACAACAAGUUACACCACUGUCACCUUGACUACAUACUUGGUUCUCACAGAAGAAGGUGAAGCUGAAGCUACCGAAGCACCAGAAAAGGUUGCUCCAGAGGAAGAAGAAGGCGAAGCUGCUCCAAAGGAGGAGGAAGCCGCACCAGAAGAAGAAGCAUCAGAGGAAGCCGCACCAGAAGAAGAAGCCCCAGAGGAAGCCGCACCAGAAGAAGAAGCCCCAGAGGAAGCCGCACCAGAAGAAGAAGCCCCAGAAGAAGCCGCACCAGAAGAAGAAGCCCCAGAAGAAGCUGCUCCAGAAGAAGUCGCACCAGAGGAAGCUGCCCCAGAAGAAGUCGCACCAGAGGAAGCUGCACAAACUCUUGCUGGUAUUCCAGUAGACCAAGAAGCCGGUGAAGAAGAGUCUUUCGAAAACAGUGGUUCAACGAACGCUUUGAGUUUGAAAGCUCUUGCUGGUGUUGUUGCUAUUAUGAUUCCAAUGCUCUUGUGA